UCUCUCCCUCUUCUUUUUUUUAAUGGUCUCCCCCUCUUCUUUCCCCACCCAUUAAAUCCUCGACCGGUCCUCUUCUUCUUCACGCUCUCUUAGAGGAAAAAUUGGAGCUUUUUGGAUAGAGAGAGAGAGAGAGCGAGAGAGAGAGAGCGAGAGAUGGCGAAGCUCUACGUGCAGACGGUGCAACCAGUGGAUGUGGAUCUGAACAAGAACACGGAGUGGUUCAUGUACCCCGGUGUCUGGACCACCUACAUCCUGAUCCUCUUCUUCUCCUGGCUCCUCGUGCUCUCUAUCUUCGGUUGCACCCCCGGGAUGGCCUGGACUGUCGUCAACCUCUUCCAUUUCGCCGUUACUUAUCACUUUUUCCAUUGGAAGAAGGGAACUCCCUUUGCUGAAGAUCAAGGUAUUUACAAUAAUUUGACUUGGUGGGAGCAGAUGGACAAUGGAAAGCAACUGACACAAAAUAGGAAGUUUUUGAUCAUUGUACCUGUUGUCCUGUACUUGAUAUCUUCCCACACAACUGAUUACCAGAAUCCAAUGCUUUUACUCAAUACAGUUGCAGUGAUGGUGCUGGUAGUUGCCAAGUUACCAAACAUGCACAGAGUCCGUAUCUUGGGAAUCAAUGCAGAUCAUUGAGCAGCAUUGCACACGAAGGAUGGGUUGACUGAUAUCUUUUAACUUAUAUCUUUUUUUGUUGAAAAAAAAUGAUCCUUAUACCAUAUGUUGUCAGAUACUGUCCAAUUCUGUAUCAAGUCAUAGUAAGUCUUUAGUGGAUGUUCCUGUUAUCCAGUACAAAACUGUCAGGAAAUUAUAGUUGUGUUUGUGCUGCUUUUGAUACAUUUAAGCUAUUUAUAGACCGUAUGUUAUGUUUUGUCCAUCA